AUGAAAGCCGGUUUUGUUAGAAUUUUUCCAGUCGUUGGGAUUUGGGUUGCUUCUCAUCUACCGAUAGCUGACUGUGCUAGAACGCUUCGUCAUGACAGCAGCUACAUUCACAGUACACAUCCUCAUCAAGACAACGAUACUAUCGACAAUGAUGUUUCGGAUGCGGUGAACUUACUUCGAUCUUUGGGGGUGCCGGCAGAGAAUUUGUGUUCCCGGAACCACGAGACAGUAGACUUGUUGCCGCUUUGCGACAAUGUUGGUAGUGAAGUGACAGCAAAUACUGCCGCAUUUGAUUGGAAUUCGCUAUUAAGAUCAAGACGACAACGAUAUUUGGUGGAAGAAUGCGGAGAUUUAGAAGACGAGGAAGAAAAAGAGGAUGCUUGGUUCUUGAUAUUUCAUGCACUUGGUGCUUUGGCUUGUGUUACAGUUGCUGCGUUGGCAGCUGGCCUUACCAUGGGGCUCUUAAGUGUGGAUCCACUACUGCUUUUGAUCAGAAUGAGAGCAGGGUCUCCCGAAGAGAAAAAGCAGGCUGCAACAUUGUUGCCCAUUGUGAAACAACAUCAUUUACUGCUUGUAACUUUGCUCUUGUUGAAUUCCAUUGCCAAUGAAGCUUUACCGCUUUUCUUGGAAGUUCUUGUAUCCCCAUUGGUUGCCGUUUGCCUGUCGGUGACACUCGUCCUUUUCGGAGGAGAAAUCAUUCCUUCUGCCAUCUUCACAGGACCCAACAAGAUUAAGCUGGCAAGUAAAAUGACUCCACUUGUUCGAUUCGUCAUGUUCUUGCUGUGGCCAAUUGCCUACCCAAUAGCCAAAAUUCUUGAUCACUUGUUGCAUCACGACGAAGAUGGCAAUGCCUUCAACCGAGGGGAGCUAUCCGCCUUGAUCCGAAUUCAACACGAAGAAAGAUUGGCGACGAAGCAACAACGCAAAGAAGAACUAGCCAAGGGGCGAAAAUCGUUGCGACUCGACCCUACUUUCAGCCUAUCGUCGCGUCAAAGGAAUAGCUAUUUUGAAUCUGAGUCGUCGGCUAUUAUGCUCACACCAGAGGGUGGAGCGCCAGAAACUUACACAAAAUCAUUACACAAUGAUGAGAUCGCUAUGAUGGAAGGCGCCCUGCAGAUGAAAACAAAAUGCGCAAUGGAUGUUUACACCCCGCUGCGAAAAAUGUAUGCCGUUCCAAUCACGAUGGAACUCAACGAAGAAGCAGUUGUGGACAUUUACAGCAGUGGCUACUCUCGCAUACCUGUUUAUGAGGUUAAUCCACAAAAGCCAAAGCAAAGGUUUGCCAUUCGUGGAGUUCUCAUGACCAGGCAGCUCAUUGUGGUGAACCCGAAUGACUGUCGACCACUGGAAACUCUCCCCCUCUACACACCAAUUUGCGUCAGCCCCAAAAUCAACCUUGUGGAUCUACUGAACACGUUUCAAACGGGGAAGAGUGGUCAUUUGGCGCUUGUUUGCGCAAGACCUGACAUUGCGGAGAACUGUCUUUCAAGUGGAGAAGCACUAUCCACUCAUGCUGGAUUUAUGGGAGUUGUCAGCAUUGAGGACGUAUUGGAAGAAUUGCUCCAAGAAACAAUUGCUGACGAGUUUGACAAAAAGGAGUGGAAAGAAGAAAAGCUGUCGCUCUGGGCCAUUCACAAAUGGAAGCGCUUUGUACAAAGGAAGAAGAAAAGUCUCGAGCACCCUGUAGAUGCAAGAGACGCAAACCCGAAAACUAAAGCAACGGAAAGCACAAGUUUGCUGGGAGACACAAAGAAGAAAAGCGGUAAAAAGAAAUUCCUAGGGUUAUUCUAG